UUAAGUUUGCCAUGAUUGGCUUAAGUGUGUGCAAGUGCGCAAUCGCAAAAAGUGUCCCGCGCAGUUCGCGCUUUACUUUCAAUAUGGCAGCAUGUACGAAUACGGUAGUCAUACAUGCUUGAAUGUCGUCUCGAAAGUAAGAACAGUGUAAAGAUUUUGAAACCAGACACACCACGGAAGAAUCACGUGAAAGCUGCGUGGCUAUAACAAAGGACAUACCGGCACCGGCGACAUAAGAUAUACACCUCGUGCCUCAUUCUUCUUAUGUUUGUAAUAAGUUUUCCAUAUAUACAGUAUCAUUGCUCGUGAUAAGGAUAUACAACGGCGUGCACACAAGGUCUUACGUAACACACGACUGCAUAUAAAUACAGAUAUUUGGUGAACACACCUCAUUUUACCACUUCAUAAUUUUCAUAUUUGAUAAGCUUCCUAUAUACAAUCUCACUGAUAAAGGAGAAUAUAACAUAAGCAAUAAAGGCGACGUAUAAGGCAUAUCCAAUAAUCUAUCUUCGUACAUAUAAUCGCAAUUUAGCUUUUCUGUUUCUUUAUAAGAUUAUAUCAUGUCCAAGUCAAAAUUACGACUAGACAUUACUUCUUUAACGCCAAGGCAGCGGCGACGUAUUUUUUUAAAAAAAUUCAAUAAUAUUUGCCAAAUGAAUAUUGAAUCAAAUUUGGAAGUUCAAAAUAAUAUAAGUGGAUCAAAUGGACCAGAAAAUAUCGAACAAUUACCUCAACAACAAAAUGUACUAAAGGAAAUUAAUUUUAAUUAUUCCAAUGUAAUGCAUACUCACAAGAUUACUGAAAAUGAAGAUGAUUUAAUUUUCAAACAUUUGAGAAUUGGUACUGAUAAUAAUAGUUCUCAUUCAAGUAUUUCAAGUGAUGAAUUUUCUAAUAAAACAGAUAUUAUUAACGACAUCCGAUUAUGGGCUAUUGAAAAUCAUGUCAGUCAUUCUGCUACUAGUAGUUUACUGAAAAUUCUAGUAAAAUAUGGCCAUAAUCUUCCUCUUGAUGCUCGAACUCUGUUCCAAACUCCCAAGCAAGUAGACAUUAUUGAAAUGACACCAGGCAAAUAUUAUCAUGCAGGUUUAAGUGAUAGUUUAAGAAAAUCUAUUCGUAAGCAUUAUUGUCAAAGUAAUUUACCAUCUCAAAUAAAUAUUAAUGUGAAUAUAGAUGGUCUUCCUUUAACAAAAUCUUCUGGCAGUCAAUUUUGGCCUAUUUUAGGUAGUAUAGUUGCAGAUUUUUACACUGAACCGUUUAUAAUUGGUGUUUAUCAUGGUUUUCAAAAGCCAAAAUGUUGCAAUACUUUUCUGAAAUAUUUCAAGGAUGAUUGUCUUGAAAUUUUUCGAACUGGUAUUGUACAGUAUGGCAAAAAAAUAACUGUAAAAUUGAAUGCAUUUAUCUGCGAUGCUCCUGCAAAAUCAUUUAUCAAGGGAACUAGAGGACAUAAUGCGUAUUUUGGAUGCGGUAAUUGUAUUCAAGAGGGAGAUUACGUAGAAAAUCGAGUAACGUACCCAGAAAUUAAUGCAAUAUUAAGGUCAGAUGAAUCAUUUAAAUUAAAACAACAAGAAGAACACCAUAAAAUGACUUCAAAUCUUGAAGACUUAAACAUUGGAAUGGUUACUCAAUUUCCUUUAGACUACAUGCAUCUCGUACUAUUAGGAAUAAUGAAAAGAUUAUUGCAGUUUUGGAUUAAAGGCAAACAUAAUGUUCGUAUGGUUGCAACUCAGAUAACUCUUGCUUCAACUUCUUUAUUAUCUAUGUCAUCAUUCUUACCCAAAGAAUUUGCUAGAAAACCAAGGAAAUUAGAUGAGGUCGAUCGCUUUAAAGCCACCGAAUUAAGACAAUUAUUAUUAUAUACUGGGCCAGUAAUUUUUUUGAAAAAAUUACCACGCGAUAAAUAUGUUCAUUUUUUGAGUCUAAGUAUAGCAAUUCGAAUUUUAUGUAGCAAAAAAUAUUGCGUACAACUGCUUGAUUAUGCACACAAUUUACUAUUGUAUUUUGUUGAAAAUUAUGGCACAUUAUAUGGUUGUCAAUAUAUAUCAUAUAACGUUCAUAAUUUAAUUCAUCUGUGUUAUUAUGUAAAAUUAUGGGGAGUGUUAGAUGAAUUUAGCGCGUUUAAGUUCGAAAAUUACAUGCAAAAAAUUAAAUCAAAGAUAAGAUCUUCAAGUCAACCAUUAGAACAAUUAGCCAAUCGUUGUAUAGAAGAAGAUAAUUUGGAUAUAACAAAUGUAGAAAAGAUUUAUCCAAUAUCAAAAGUACGUAUUAUAAAUGGCAGAAAGAUAAUAAAAUCGGUUCAAUGCAAGGGUUUCUAUCUUAGUACAAGAACUGCUGAUAAUUGUUGUUCUUUAUUAGAUGGUACAACGGUUUCGCUUACGAAAAUUUAUUUUAAAAAUAAACAGAUUUAUGUUACUGCUAAAAAGUAUUUGAAUAUUAAAUCAUUUUUCCACAUUCCAUGCGACUCUUUCAAUAUCGGUAUUAAACAAAUUAACGAGUUACAAUAUGAGUUAAUUACUAUUCCAUUGUUUGAUAUUAAAUUAAAAUGCGUAAAAUUGCCUUUAUGUGACGAAGAAGCUGUAGUAUUGCCUUUACUACACCAACAAGAAAUAUGUUAAUGAUUAUUAAUAAUGGCGAAAAAUUUCGCUGUCGUUACUUUUCCAAGCGAUGGAAAUA